CCGUGUGCGGAUACCCCAGGUUAUCUGGAGUAGCCAUUGGGCUCCUUUGUGCAGCAGGCUCACGCUGCAUCCGGCAACGCUCAACCUGCCCCUUUAAGUCUCCGCUUUGUUUGUGUUUUGCGGUGUGGCGACUAAAGAACCCCAGCCACUUCCCCAUCGCCAUGGUAACCCGAUGCCAUGGGGACAGACUGCCCCGCCGCUGGGCCUCCCAGCAACGCCGCACGCAGCCUCCCCGGAAAAAGUGCAGGAAGGAGGAAGGGACAAAGGAAACCGCAGACACGAGGAGUCAAAAAAGUGUCCCCGAGGGAGAGGUGCCCAGGCCAGGGAUGCAAAGAGCCAGCCCAGCCCGGAGGAAGCAGCGAAGGGAGCUGCAGAUCUCAAAACUUCUCACAAGGGAAGGCGAGCAUCAUUAUCCCCAGUGUAAAGGACGUGACUUGUCUGUGAUCACACAGCAGAUCGGUGGCUGAGCCAGGAGUAGAAACCUGAUCUCCUGAGUCCCAGACCAGCAUCCUAGACCAUGCUACCUCCCAACUGCCUCUGCGGGUAGGUUCUCAAGUGGUGGGUCGCUGAUCAUUCCCAACUGUCACUGUGACCUGUUCACCGUAUGUCUGACCUGCGUGGCUCUGAGCUCAUUCUUUGUUCUAUUUGUUUGUAAAAUGUAGAAUUGGGAAAGAUGCACCACAACUUCUGCCUUCCCCACUCUAGCUGGCUAGUGCAGGAUUGUUUCUUUUGAUAUGUUUUCUAGUUCUUUAUCCAAUCUUGUUUAUGCUGUGUUAAGUUUAUGCUGUCCACUUUCCUUCUAGACUAUUCCACAGUCUAAUAAAUCUCAGCAUUAGGAAUUUUUUCCAGAUAGCCAGCCUAAAUUUUCCUGUUGUGAAUAUUGUCUCAGUAAUCACAGUUUGCCCCUUGUCUCAUCAUUCCUCCACUUCCCCAGUUUUUAAACUCAUCAAAUACAUAGAGAUCACAGAUCAGGUCAACACUUCAGGAAAUUAGGGCCAGAUUUACAAAGGUGCAGAUAAGUGCCCAGGGCAUUACAAACUCCCCUAAUUGAGUUAUGCACAUCACUCCCACUGACCCUGCUGGCUUUUGUGAAUCAUACUAGGCACCUAACUGCCUUUUUAGGCAUCUAAGUCCAGCAUUUAGGCACCACUGGCAUUGUUAAAGCCACUGUUCAGGUGCCACCAAACUUUGUAGGUACUUAAGUGCCCCACGGGCAUGUGCAAAGCUGCCUAAGCACUGAUGCUGCCUUACAGCUAAUGAGCAGCUCAGAGCCCUAGCAUGGGCCUAAACCCCAGCAGCCACAAAGCAGGGUUCUCAAAUGAAGGGAAAAUGCCUGUCUCACCAAGGAGACCCAUGCUUUAGCUUUGCUCUGAGCAUGCCUAACACCUGAUAUCUGCCAGACCCCACAGCAGGAGGGCCGGAUACAGGCCACAGAGACCCACACAAGCACAGCACAGAACCCACACAAACACAGCUGGGGAGCAAGCAGGUUGGGAAUUUUUCAGCUAAGCUUUUGGGAAAGGUCUGUGUGUGUUUGGGACACUCACUUUGAGCGGGGGAGACCUGGGUUCAAGUCCCUGAUCAGAAUCAGGCAGAGCAGGAAUUUGAAUCACACACAUCCAAGGUGAGAGCCCUGACCUCUGGGCUAUUGGUUAUUCUGGGAUCCCUCUCUGGUUUUCACAAAUGGGGUGGGCUACCUAAGAGACUAUCUGUCUUAAGUGUUGUCAGGGACCACGGGUCUCAAACCUGGUCCCCAGGACUCUGCAGAGCUAAUAAGCACUAACCUACCACCCCAUGGCCUGCUAACAGUUGUUAGGGCAGAAGCUGAACCCUGACAGAGGACUCCAGUCCUGGAACCUUUCUGGCAGAAUCCUGUGUUUCCUGAUUGGUCCACAGUGUCUAUAUAAACCCAACACAGGAACAGGACGUUGUCCAUGCAACUGGGAUCCACCCUGCUCCUGCUCCCCUGGCUUGACUUCCUGAAAUCCCAGCUUUCUGGCAUCUAUCUGACUUGUGGUUCUGAUCUCCAGUUUGUCUCCUACCUCUGAUCCCCUGGUUUCCUGAUUUAUCGUGGCUCGAGUUAUCGAUUCAGGAUUCUGCUCUCAAGUUUGUCUCCUGCUUCUGAAUGCCCGGUUCCCUGACCCAGCCGACUCUUGACUGCCAUCCCCUGACUGUGGACCCUGGCUCUGACCACUAGGUCUGGCUGCCUAUGACCUGGCCAUGACAGGUGUGUAGCUGCAGGAGAGGGUUCGUGGCUGAGGAUCCCAAGUGGAGGGAGGUGCCUAUCUUGGGUGCACCAGAUCAGCAGCUUAGGCUACCUAAACUGUCUUCCUCUAAGCCCCUUCCCUUUCCUUUGCAUUCCCUCUGUCUCUAGCUUAGGUGGUUUUCUGCUGAGGGCUUCUGAGCAUCCCUUUCUUAAGAGCCCCAUGCAUUGUCUGGGGAGCCUGGGCACCUAGCUCGGGGCUGAGAAUUCCACUGGGUGGCAAGGCACCUUUGUUGAAUCUGGGCCUAAGUCCCUAUGGGAAGAAUUCUCCCCACCAGUCAAGCCCCUGUUUACUGUGCCAGCUGCAUAAGUAGCCCUGGGACCCACUAGAGGGAAUCAUUGCACAGUCUGCCCUCAGAUGCUAUACAGAUGUCCCUCUGCUCAUCCUGGCAUAGGGACCAUGCCAAGGUCAGGGGCCAGAGGUGGGAGAGCAAGGGAAGGAGGAGAUGUUCAUGUAGUACAUAAUGCUGUGGGCAUUCCUGGUGGUGCCACUGCCUAUAGAGCUGUCCAGGGAGGCCGCCAUAACAUAACCCCCUCCAGCCCCAGUGCAGCUCAGCAUCUAGGACACAAAGGUGGCUUAAAGACUCCUCAUUUUGCCCCCAGGCUCUGAGUUCUGUUGUGCUGGGCUGCUAUGAGAUAUAGCACAGACCCUCACCCUGAGUUCUUCUAAUGGUUCCUCAUAAACUCAUGCUCCAACUCUGAAUUCUGUCUGCUCUGCCAAGGCCCUUCUAGUAUGAAAUGUCCUGACCUGCACAUGGCAUUCCAGGUGUGGUCUCCCUAAAGUUUAUUAAAAUGGACUACUUAUCUCCCUAUCCCAUGGUUCAGUGCACUUUAUGCAGCCAACAAUUUACAUAAGAAUACAGGAAUGGCCCAACCAAUUGUGUUGAUGUUCUCUGACACUGUCACAUUGCAAGAUCAUACCAACUUUAUGGUCCACAACCUCCGCUCCACCAGGCCUCUCUCACUACUGCAUCUUUGCAAGUGUCUCCCUCCCUUUACGUAUGUGUGUACUGCAUUUUUGCCCAAGAUUUAUUACAUGCAGUUUUCUAGGGUCAGCCUAAUUUUGUCAUUUUCUUUUCAUAGCUCUAGCCUUUCUAGAUCCAUUUGUAUUAUUUCUCAGUCCUAGACAAUGUGUGAACAUUUCACAGUUCACUAUAAUCAGUUUAGCAAAGACUUCAGCACACAGUUUCCAAGUGUGUUGGUUUACGACAGUCUUUUCGCACCCUGCACUCUUAACUACACACAAAACGCCUUACCACCUGCUAUGCUCUGUGGAUGUGCAAUUGCUUCCCAGUUAAGACACACACCUGCAAUGGGGUGGAGGUAACAGAAGUCUUAUGCUGGUCAGAACUCCAUCACUAGGGGUAGAGUCCUGCAGCUGUCAUACCAUCAUAUAGAACCUCCAAAAAUACUUCCAAAGGCUCCCAGCAAAAAGAGGCAAGCUAAGAUCUGAUAAUCAGAGGCAAGGUGGGAUAUUUCUAAUGAUAAAAUUAGCAGAAAACAUUAAACAAUAAAGAAAUUUAACACAAUGCUGCAUAAAAUCUCUAAAAACAGAUAGAAACCAAAACUGGGCAAAGGAGGAAAAUAGGACAGACGAAAUGGAAAAAGAUUCUUUCCGUAUUUCCCCCAUCUCUUUGUGGUGCUGUGCUACAGGUUUCGAGGACAAACUCUUCAGGGCAACAGCCUAUCUGCUUACAUGGCUGUAAAGCCACAAGUGAACUCUUUUUAAUUUAGAAACAGCAUCAGGGACACCUUUAAACUUUAAUCUUUCAGACUGAAAAUAAGGCAUAAAUUACCCUCUAUCAAAAAUUGCCCAUUGGAACAAUUUACCAAGGGUUGUGGUGGAUUCUCCAUCCCUGGCAAUUUUUAAAAUUAAGAUUGGAUGUUUUAAAAAAAAACCUGCUCUGAGAAUUACUUUGGGGAAGUUCUGUGGCCUGUGCUAUACAGGGGCUCAGACUAGAUGAUCACUAUGGUCCUUUCUGGCACUGGAAUCUAUGAAUCUAUUAACAUAAAGCCGCAGUAAAGGGGAAAGCCAAUCAUUUUGUUUAGUGACUUCCCUUUAUCUUGUGUUCUGUGAAUUGUAUAGCACUGAAGUUCGUUAAUACUGGGGAUGCUAAGGACCAUCCCAUCUCUCCCCCUCUGCUCCCCCUGGUAUUACUGGGACGCAUACCAAGGAGCAUCUGAGCACCUGUCUGGAAUGGUGGGAUUGCAGGAUGGAGUCUAGCUCUGGGUUCCCUAUUGCUUAGGUGUCAUGUUUGUCACAUUCAUUACUUAUAGUGUUGUUCACAAAAAGUCAUGGCCUUUGUCUUCCAAACCAGCCAGCUACUCUGGAAGUCUCUUUCCAGAAUUUGUGUAAACUGGACUUGCUAAAUUGAGUGGGGUAGAUAAUGGGAUAGUGAUCUGGGUUUUUGAAUAAUUUUUAACUAAAGUUAAAUGAUUCAAACUUGUACAGGGCCCACAUAAUUGUGGCCUGAACUGAAUUUUAGAUUCCCAUGUAUUAUACUAAUGUGUCUUCCUGUACCAGUUCAGAGCAUAUCUGUGGAGUGUUGAAUAAAGAUAUUUCUAGAUAAUUGCAGCCCUAUAAAAACCAUGUAAUUUAGGAAUGUGUAACAGGAUUUAUUGGAAGCCACUGGUUUAUUACAUUUCUGUGUCUCUUCUAUAUGAAUGUAGGUGUUUAAUGAUCUUCUUAUGCUUUUUAAAUGAUUAAUGACUGUUCUGUAACACUUUUCUAAUGGGAAAUACACUUAAUAACAAUUAUUAAAAACCUGAGUGCCAAGACGCUUUUAGAAUAAAAAUAAAAAGAUGACUCUCUUAUUUUUGUACUGUAGCAUACUGUAACAUAGCUUUCCCCAUAACAGCCACAAAGCCACAAUUUUCUGCAUAAUAGCCAACCAGCCUUUCCCCAAUGAGCGAUGGGGUUAUGGACAGAAGCAGGGAGUGGGAGGGAACGCUGAAUCAUUUAGCUCUUUGCCUGGCCUUGUUCUGGGGAUGCUGAGAUGAGCCUGUCAGGGAUGCAGUGGUUAAUCCUAUUCCAGGAUUUAGUUCUGUCUUUGUUAGUGUUGGAGAUGCUGAGAUGACCCUGUCGGGGCUACAGAGGACAAUCCUAGAUCUGGGUUUUUGUAGUAUCGCUCUUAGAGCUGGGGAUGAGAUAUAGAUCAUAUCCAGAAUUACUCUCUUCCCUCACUCCCAAUGGAAGGAGGGGGAUGUUGAGAAUAGCCUGUAUUGCUGAGGAGUGAGAUGGAUUUUAGCUCCAGGUUUUCCUUAUGCCCCUGUAGCUGCACAGAAAUAGCAGGAUGCUGAGAUUAACCCUGCAGUGAUGCAGAAGGUAUGUGCAUUUUCAGCUCUGGUACUGAUGCUGUUCUUGUAGUGAGGUCUCUGUGGCGCAAUGGACGAGCGCGCUGGACUUCUAAUCCAGAGGUUCCGGGUUCGAGUCCCGGCAGAGAUGAUCUCCAGGCAGGUGUCUUUUAUUUUGCACUCACUCAGUUACUGGCCAACCCAGCCUGGGGGCAGGAUGUGGAGCUGCACAAAACUGCAUCUGGGGUUUGCAGUGUGACCAGCCUCCCGGAGAGUUAUCAAGACAGCUUCCACCUGGUUUAGGUGGUCCUCCCAGUGACUACUGCAGAUUACUAUGUCAUCCAGGGCCUCUCCAGCAGGUGACCUCGUAUGUCCCCUGCCAGCAAGCCAUCAGCUUCGACUUGGCUGAAGGGAGCAAGACAAGGACUCGGUCCCCCGGCUCGAAGAUCCGCUCUCGCAAAUGGCGAUUGUACCCUUGUGCUUGGGCCUUUUGGGCGACUUGGAGGUUCUCCUAGGCAAGGAUCCCAGCCUGGGCAAGGCGCUCCUGGAGCUUAAACACAUACUGAAGCAACUCUUCAGCGUAGGACAGGGUCUGUUCCCAUGUCUCCCACAUGAGAUCCAUCAGGCCUUGAGGCUGGAGGCUGUAUAGGAGCUCGAAAGGCGAAAAUUUGGUGGAUGCCUGUGGUAGCUCCCGAAUAGCGAGCAGCCAGUGAGGGGUGAGCUGAUCCCAAUGGCGGAGCUCCUCAAGGGGAAAUUUCCAAAGCAUAUUCUUUAGUGCCCGGUUAAACUGUUCCACCAACCCAUCUGUUUGCAGGUGGUAGACGGAAGUCUGGAGCUUUUUGAUCCCCAGAAGAGCACACACCUCCCAGAGGAGCCAGGAGCCUUACUGUUGGAGAAACACAGGCCCAGUACAUGAUCUGUGUCAAGCUGUCCUAUAGUGGCUGAAGAGGGUGAGUACCAACCUCGGCGCAGACUGUUAAGAAUCAGGGCACAAACUUAAAAUUGGUUGUGAGUUCUGUACUUAUAUUUCACCAAUCAAGUAUCAAGUGUGAACUCCUCAAGCACUAUAACAGACAAUCACCUUGGGUACUCCUCUCUAUCUUACCACAUAGGCAAGCUUGCCUUUGUGACAGAUGGUCCUUUAUACCAAAAAUCACAACAGUAUUCAGAUUCCUCCCAGUCCCCAAGGACCAGUCACUUACCGCAGGUCAAUUGCAUCUUAGAGCUUACAUCAAAGACAACACUUGUAGCCAAUCCUAUAAUAAACUAUCUAAAAAUGUAGUCACCUUUGUCACCUUUGUCUGGCUUGUCCUUAUCCGUCCCUCCGCGCACGCAAGUCGACGCCUCACCACUCCAUUCUGUCGCAAGCACAUUCUUCCCAUUUCUGGCCAAAGAGUUUUGUCAUGGGAUCAGCCCAGCACGUUUUCGGUCUGCCCAGCAGUUGCUUGUGGUCUCUGGGGAUCCAGUCAUUGAUGCGGGUUGUCCACCUAUUGUCUUGCCUGCGGACUACAUGACCCGCCUAUCUUUGCUUUGUGUCUUACAGCGCCUUGCACUACAUCAGUCACCUCUGUAUGCCUUCUGAUCUCCUCAUUCGGUAUGUGAUCACGGAGCGAUAUCUUGCACAUUCACCUUUCCAUUGCUCUCUGGGUGAUGGCAAAUUUUUCUUCCUCCACUUUCAUCGUUGACCAGCUUUCUGCUCCGUAUAUCAUUGCUGGCAAAACAGUGGAGUUAAACAGUUCUUUCCUUUUCUUCUGUCCAAUCACGCUCCUCUCACAAGUGUAUAAAGUCUUCACCCACGUCAUAUUCAGUCGGAUUAAGAAGAAUCUUGAAAUGUACAAAAGGCAAGAACAAGCUGGUUUCUGCUCAGGGUAUUAGACAAUUGAUCACAUCCACUCAGUUCGGCAGCUCAUUGAAAAAUGCAAGGAAUACAAAGUACCGUUUUGUAUUGCAUUUGUCGACUACAAAAAGGCAUUCAACCCAAUAGAGGUUAACGCUGUACUCAGCACGCUCAAUGAAAUCAGAAUUGACCCAAGGUACAUUGACCUGUUGGAAGAAAUUAACCACAAUUGCUUGACAGAGAUAACAUUAUUCAAUGUUCCCUGCAUUAUUACUAUACACAGAGGAGUCGGACAAGGCAACACAAUCUCACCGAAGCUGUUUGCAGCAGUACUGCAGUUGCUGUUCAAGAAAUUGAACUGGGAAGAAGGAAUCAGAAUUGAUGGGGAACAGUUAACACAUCUUCUCUUUGCUGACUGUGUAAUACUGGCAAAGGACACAGCAGAACUGGAGAACAAAUUGCAGCAACUGCAAACACUUUCACAUGAUAUCAGGUUGGAAGUGAACACAUCGAAGAUGAAGUGGGUGCAGAAUGAGCAUUGUGCAGGAGGAAUCAUCACUGUAAACGAGAAAGAAAUCUCAACAAAUAUAUUUACCUGGGUCAGCAGCUGAGCAGAGACAACUUAUUCGAAGGGGAAUGAAGUAGGAGGCAAAAGGCGGAGUGGUCAGGUUUCAACAAAAUAAAGAUAUCUCUAACAGAUGAUGAACUGCCCAUUAAGAAAAGGAAAGAUUUAUUAACUAAGAAAAAUAAGUGAGUUAUUUACAAGGUUAAAGCAGGUAAACGUGUACACACACACACAAGAGUUACAGUUUUAGGUUCCAAAAGGAGGUAGAAGCUUCUAUAACGGACAAGCUCUGUAUGUCCUUUAGGGCUAGCCCAGGCCAAGCACAAGGGAACUUUUGCUUAUGCUUAAUAAUCCUUGCUCCUCAAAGUCAAAGCAGCAAAAAGAUAGUUUCUUUUUGUCCGAGGUUUUUAUUACCUUCCCCCAGAGUUCAAGCUGAUGGGAUGAGUUCACGUGCACAUCUCCUCUUUUGGGGUGGGGGGCAGGCUGGGGGGGGGAAGCAAAGACUUUUGUCCUCUGACAUUCCACAAUGGUUCAUCUGGUGUUGAUGGGCCUUCUGUUGUUGGGCAGGAGAUAACACCUCCUGUGGCAAACUAGUAUUUCACACUUGGUAAUGCAUCUCUCUUGACUGAUGGUUUACAGUUUCAGAGCAAACACUGUUACAGUUACAGAGUAAACAUUUAAAUAUUACCUUAUGCCAUAGGAUACAGAUAUUAAAUGUGAGGUUACUGCAUGCAGUAACUUACAAGCAUUUCAUGAAGUCUAAAUACAUUUUUAUAACUCUAUUUUAACAAUACUAGCACCCAAGUGAGCUUGGCUGGUUUUCAGCUUUGCUUUUGUUAGUGUUCACUUGAAGCCUUGGGGCCUUGGCAUGAACUGGCACCUGCUCUGCCAGUGUCACAGUCUGAUCAGCCACUCUGACACCUGGAAAACUUGUACCAGCAUCCGGCUGAUUCAGACAUUGCUCUUUUAGCUGCCCUCUCUGACCAUGGACUCACAGAAGUGUUGUGAAAGAGAGAGACAGGCUUGGUUGACUAAGCCAGACUCUUGUUUGACAGAAGGCAAGAGAUAAAAAAGAGAACUAAGAUGGUGAUGGAGAAUGACACAUGAAGGAGGGCGUGACAGCAAGAAUCAAAGUCUCACCUCCCAGGUGUUGUUCAGAAUUUAGCUGGAGCUGGUGGAGUUCAUGGUGUCACCUGAGUUCCUCUCUCUGGCCCAGUCUGGUCAAGGCAUCUCUCAGGAUCAGGACAGUAAAGAUGCCCAUCUGUCUCCGAGCCUAGCUUGAUUCUCCCCCCGUACAAAGUCUUUUUUUUAGGACCCCAAAAGGGCAGUGAUGGGUGGAAUAAUCCAUUCCAUUACUUUGUCCACCAAUUUGUCCUAAUUUGCAACCCAGUAAUUUUGAUUCAUUGAUUUCUGGGUCCACACUUCCUUUGUUUACCAAACAUGAUCUCAACACAAUCCUUGAGUUCUAUCAAUAGACUUUUGCCUGGGCUAACCCAGCCUUUCUGUCUCCCCUUCCUAUCUUUUUCCACCAACAUUUAUUGCUAUAGGUAGUGGGAACAUUUUAUAAACUUGUAUGCACUUUACCACAGUUAAACUCACAAAUGGGGUAAGCCUGUGUAACAGAAUAUAUACCUGUGUUCACACCCUACAUGCUAUUGUAAUAAUUCUUGUACAGGGCUGUAACCGUGCCUCAGUGGGUCACAACUGAGGAUGCCAAAUUCAGCACGAACUGCUGAGAAAUAGGGCAGCUACACCCCAAAACUGGUGGCUAAUCUCCUAUAGGAUAUACCAAACCAGCAACAAAAGUAAACUUCUGUUUCACCAUACUGGCUAACAAGAAAACAUAAAGGCAGUUUCCUCAGGCAUUCCAGUUCUUAUAUCACCACCAAAAAUACUGGAUUCAGAGAUGAAUGCUUCUUUACAACCAGUCUCAUCAAAUAAUAGGUUGUUCUGAUCCCAAAGGACCAGCCACACACCCAGGUCAAUAUAUAACUUAGAUCUUACCCAAAUAUCACACUGAUGCCAAUCCUUUAGUAUCUAAAAUCUAAAGGUUUAUAGAAAGAAAGAAAGGUGAGAGUUAAAAUUGGUUAAAGGGAUCAAAUACAUACAGUAAUUGCAACGUUCUUGGUUCAGGCUUGUAGCAGUGAUGGAAUAAACUGCUGGCUUAAGUCAAGUCUCUGGAGUACAUCCACAGCUUGGAUGGUCAUUCAGUCCUCUGUUCAGAGCUUCAGUUUGUAGCAAAGUUCCUCCAGAGGUAAAAAGCAGGAUUGAAGACAAAAUGGAGGUAUUUCCAGGGCCUUUUAUAGCUUUUGCCAUGUGAAGGGCAACCCAUUGUUCUUACUGUGGAAAAUUACAGCAACAAGAUGGAGUUUGGAAUCACAUGGGCAAGUCACAUGUUCAUGCCCAAUUUCCCUCAGUCAUUGCAGGAAGCCAUUACCUACUCUCCAGACAGCACGUUUACAUCAAAGUCCACUCAGUGUAGAUGGGUGUCUGCCAUGGUCCAUUGUCAACCAAGUGUUUCUUGAUGAGCCACUUAAUUUGAAUAGUCCCUCCAAGAUGUGCUGGCUAGCUACCUUGUGGGUGGUACCCCAGGAGCCAACAUUUGAAAUCCAGUAUAGAGCCAGUAUUUAUAACUUCAAAUACAAAAAUGAUACGUGCAUACAGAUAGCAUAAUCGUAACCAGCAAAUCAUAACCUUUUCAUAGACACCUCACUUGACAACCUUUCUACAAGAUUUGCUGCAAAUAUAUAACAGUGGUUGCAACAAUGCUCUAUAUGGUCAUAUUGUAAUCAGAUAAUGUCACAAAGGCAUGUUUUGUAAGGGGUCAUUUGAAAACUCAUAAUUUUCUGGUCAGAAUUGCCCUGGUAAAAUAUGUCUGACAACAUUGUAUGUGAAGUUAUAAGACUCCCCUGAAUGGUGUUAUGAACACAUGUUCCAAAACCUACAGCUCUGCCCAAACAGAAGCUGGCAAACAGGUCUGUCCUAGACAAAGGAAUGUGUGCUUGCCUUAAUUUGCAUUUGAGCAGUAAACAAAGUCAUCAAGCUUGAAGGGAAGAUAAAGGAAGUUCAAACAGGUGGAAACACCAGCAGGGAACAUGCUUCCACAUCAACUCAGUCUCCCGGGUCUCAGCUGGAAAUGUUUCUCAAGAGGGGAACUGAAACUACAAAAAAGAGGGACAAACACUCCAAGGCACACCUCUCUCUCUCCCUGCCCAUCUCAUUCACUGCACUUGAAGAUGUUGGGGACACUGGGGCAUGGCCACUAGGUAACUCGAGGGGAUGGAAGACCACGAGUGUCGAUGAAGCCCCCUUGCACUAGGCCCAGGUGUCCUUCCCCUCCUCCCCCCCCCCCCCCGCCUGGAGGCACUUGCAGCAGCUCUGCAUACUAGGCCCAAGUGUCCUUGGACCCCCCGCCUGGAGGCACUCACAGCAGUUAUGCUGAGGAUCUGCAACAAUAUGUUGCAGAGUCAGACUGCCUGAAACUAAGCAAGGCCAAACAGGGCAGAUAUGGAAGAACAAUGCUGAAUAAAGCAGCUUUAUGUAUGGUUUAACAAAUGAUACAGAGAACAAGGGAACUAGCUGGGAACUGGAUUGGCUGGCUGUAUGGAUACUUAGGGCAGCUUGCUAUUGGAUAAGUAUGCUGGAGAAAAGGAUGUAUAAAAGCCUGUGUAACUUCCUGCUCUGUGUGCAGGAUUUGAGAUUCUAUUCUCCCUGUACCUUUUUGCAGCUGCAAAUAAACUUUUCUGCUUCUCCACCCCGUUGUGAUUAUUGGGUGUAGCACACCGGGUAGCAAACCAACCUCAGCUGUUGUUUAGCCUCUCGGCACUGGGUGCCAGCAACAGCUUUUGGCGUCCCUGGGUGGGCCACGAGGCUGCAAUUUAGCCUUGCCGGGACCCCUCCUGGAGGUCAAGGAUUGCGGCGAGAACUGACGCCCGGCACGCACUGGUGAGUUCAUCGGGGGCCUCGGAGGAGAUGCGAUUUGAUCGACCCCGGAGGGCACAAUGGUGCAACGCACUCAUAUAGUGGAGAAGCAGUUGUGGACGACGGUGAGGAACCGGUCCCUUAGACAUAGGGGUGGAGCAGCUGCGGACGACGGUGAGGAACCGGUUCCUUGGAUAAGGUAGGAACCUUUUGAAAUCCGGAUUGUAUGCUCUGUUGGAACCUGGGGACGCCCAGAGUUACCCUGUAAGUAUGGGACAGGGACAGAGCUCGGGGGUUAGGGCACGGUGUACGCCCCUAGAAUGCAUUCUAGGAAACUGGAAGGUAUUUGGUGCGGAUCCGAUGACUAAGAGCCAAUUAAAACGAUUCUGUACAGUUGACUGACCUCAAUAUCAACUAGAGGACCAGGAGUGGUGGCCACCAGGAGGGUCAAUUAAUUACAACAUGAUCCUCCAAUUAAUUUUGUUUUGUCAGUGAAUGGGUAAAUGGAAUGAAUAUUUGUAUGCACAAGUGUUUAUGGCUUUAAGAAAUAGAAUAGAGCUGUAAUUCUGCAGAGUUGUAAUUUGACUCCGACUGGUUCGGUAGUAGCUAAUGUUAGUCCCCAGACCCCCACCCCCACUGUAAUGGCAGAGCCGGUGUCCCCUUCGGCCCCCACAGUGGGACUCUUAUAAGGGUAGGAUGCCUCAGGUUACAGAGAUUGCCCCCUUGGUGGGACUCUAUCCUUUGCUUCCCGAGACUGUUGUGGCUUGCCCAGGGGCAGAGGGACGUCAGGCUACCACUAUGCAAGUUUACACCCAUGUGCCAUUCAAUCCAAUAAACUUAGCAGCUUUUAAAACACAGGCUGGGGAAUUCUCCAUGAACCCAAGCAGGUUUAUUUCAGUCUUUGAGGGGUGCCUCAGUAGUCACAAGCCGGACUGAGACAACUGUAAUAUCCUCCUGAGAACUCUGUUGUCUGAGGUAGAGGGAUCAGGUUACACCUAAGGCAAAGGGAGCGUCAGCUUUCAAGCAAAAGAAAGGAAGCUAUCUGUCAAGUUCCUACCCCAAGUAACCGUAAGCGGCUCAGGGCAUUUCUGGGUAUGGCAGGCUUUUGCAGAAUAUGGAUCCCAGAGUUUGGACUGUGGGCUAAACCCCUUUACGACUGUGUAAAAGGAGCGGAUCAUGACCCCUUCUAUUGGACCUCAGAGGCUGACAGGGCAUUUAAAAUCUUGAAAAGGAAGUUGAUGGAAGCCCCGGCACUGGGCCUGCCGGAUCUCUCUAAGCCGUUUCAGUUGUAUGUACAUGAACGAAAGGGGGUGGCCCUAGGAGUGCUCACACAGCUGUUAGGAGCGUGGAGACGUCCCAUGGCUUAUUUUUCUAAGCAACUGGAUCAGGUUGCAAAGGGUUGGCCGGCAUGUUUACGGGCGGUUGCAGCUACUGCCCUAGUGCUUGAGGAAGCCGAGAAGCUAACUUUGGGAGGGGUUAUGCAAAUCUAUACUCCCCAUAUGGUCCGAGCUUUAUUGGAUGCAAACGGAGGGCUUUGGCUCACCCAGGAUCGGAUUGCUCGGUACCAGGCUAAGCUGUUAGAGAACUCUGAAGUCACCUUACAGCCUUGCCCCUCCCUUAACCCAGCCACUCUCUUGCCAGAAACAGAGGAACAAAAACAUGACUGUUUAGAGAUCAUAGAUGCCCAGUACUCCAGCCAUCCGGAUUUAAAGGAUGUACCCCUCCCAAAUGCAGAUUAUGAGUGGUACACUGAUGGUAGCAGUACUGUAAUAGAUGGGCAGAGGAGGGCGGGCUAUGCUGUUGUGACCCUCCAUGACACUGUGGAAGCUGAAGGUUUGCCUCCUGGGACCUCUGCCCAGCUUGCUGAACUAAGAGCCCUGACCCGUGCACUUGAACUGUCAAAAGGAAAGCGGAUCAACAUUUUUACUGAUUCAAAGUAUGCUUUUGGUGUGCUACAUGCUCAUGCUGGCCUAUGGAAGCAAAGGGAAAUGCUGACAGCCCAAGGCUCCCCAGUCAAGUAUGGGUCCCAAAUCCUCCAGCUCCUAGAAGCCGUACAACUUCCCUUGGAAGUGGCGGUGGUACACUGUAAAGCCCAUCAAAGGGAAGAUCAAGAUGUGCCCAGAAGUAAUGGUAGGGCAGAUAGAGAGGCUAAGCAUGCUGCCACCCUGCCAUCCCCUCAGAUUGAGAACGCCCAUAUGCAUGCCCUUAUCCCAUCAGUAGGGGAGCUUCCAACCCCUCAGUACUCUGGGGAGGAGAGAUAGCUAACUGACAAACUCGGUCUCCGGGAAAAGGAGAGAUGGCUCCAUUCCCCGGAAGGGAAAGUCCUCUUACCAAAGGGCCUGAUCUGGCCGGUGCUACAGAAACUACAUCAAACCAUUCAUGCUGGCAGGGAAGCACUUAUCCAGCUAAUGGGAAAAUACUUUAUCACUUCUGGACUCCGACCCCUGGCUGCCCAGGUACAAGCAGACUGCUUAGUCUGCCUAAAGAAUAACCCCCGACCGGAACAUCCUGUGCCACCAGCUGCCCUAGAACCCACUCCGGGCCCCAGACAAGUGUGGCAAAUAGACUUUACUGAGUUUCCCCGGACCCAAGGGUUCAAAUAUCUCCUUGUCAUAGUGGAUCGGUUCAGCAGAUGGCCAGAAGCCUUCCUAUGCCGUAAUUGCACUGCCAGAACAGUGGCCCUCAAGUUUGUUAAGGAGAUCAUUCCUCACUUUGGACUCCCCCGUGGAUGGAAUCUGACAACGGGAUACACUUCAUGUCAAAAAUCAUUCAAAGCAUCUCACAUGCCUUACAGAUCCCCUGGAAACUCCAUACGCCCUGGAGAUCGCAAGCCAGUGGGGUAGUGGAGCGUACCAAUCAGACCCUUAAACGGCAUCUCUCAAAAGUGUGCCAAGAAGCCUCACUGUGAUGGCCUGAUGCUUUGCCCCUCGUCCUACUCCGUAUCCGCGUUCUCCCUAAGGGUAGAUUAGGGCUUAGUCCCUUUGAAAUUAUGUUUGGAAGGGCAUGGCCUAUGAAUGGCACCCCGGUUCUGUCAGGGGAAUGGGAGCUGGGUAAUGGUUUUUUGUCACAGUAUAUGUGUUCCUUGUCUGCUGUUCUCUUGUCUCUUCACAGGGGUAUACCAAGGAUUCCCAGCCUCUCCCCUUGGACUCUCCCAUCCACUCCUUACAGCUCGAUGACUCUGUGCUUGUUCGUACCUGGAAAGACGAACCUCUCCAGGAAAAGUGGAAAGGACCCUAUACCGUCCUGCUGGUCUCCCGUACAGCAGCAAAGAUCGAGGGACACAAGAACUGGAUCCAUCACUCUCAUCUGAAGGCAGUACCCGCCCCCUCGUCAGCAGAACAGUGGACCAUCCAACCUGCUGACUCCUCAUCUAGUGACGAUCUCGGGCUAACGCUACUGUUUAAAAGACACAAAUAGUGGGCAUCUUAACACUAAAAUGGGCCCACCCAGAUACUGGAGACCCUGGGUUGGAAAGACUCUGGUGAUAAUUAAUUGGGUAACAUUGUUAUUCUCUGUAUUGGUAUUUCCAAACUGUGCAUAUCGGGAGCAUAACUCCUUUGUUUCGCUUGCGCACCAUGUUUCUACUUUAACAAACCAGAUUGAUUGCUGGGUAUGUGCUCCAACUCCACUGUCCCCCAAAACAGGAAUGCCCCUUGACAUGCUGCCCUUGACCCUAGCAGAAUUAGCCGCCACCAAAGAGCAGGAAAGAAUGGACUCGCCGUUCUGGAAUAAGACCUCUUUACAGCAAGCCACCUAUCAGGACCAGGAGUAUUCAGUUGCAGUACUCACUGAGGGAAUGUUAUGUUUUACCUGAAACCAAUCUGAUUACUAUGGGCGUCCUGUGGGAAAAAGCUCCUGUGUUAUUACACAGUGGGCUGAUGGGUAUUGGAUAAAGACCAAAAGGGAAGGCCACCAGUGUGGGUGUCAUGGUUCCUCCCCUUUUAGGGAAACUCUUACAAAUAAUCUUGCCACAAAAGAAAGGGUUUGGAAAUAUAACUUGCCUUCUAGUUAAUAUCUCCAACAUAGCAAGCCAAUGGUGGGUUUGUAGUGGUCCCUAUGGCGAGUGUAAUUUGAACGGCACAAUUAGAAAUGCCCCCACUUGUACCCAAUCAGGAGGAUGAGAUGCCCCCUUAGGGGCAUAUGAACUGUUUGGAAAAGCAGCCAAAGCAGCCUUAAAUAUCCCAGGAAUCCCCUUAAGAAACAGUCCUUACUGGGCCCUACAGGGUCACUAUUUUGUAUGUGGCCGAAAGGCUUACAAGGUGCUGCCAGCCAACUGGACAGGUAGCUGUUAUAUCGCUCAUGGAGUUCCUCAUCUGUCAAUAACUGCCACAUGCCCAAAGGAAAGAUUAGAAAUGCCCGAGACACCUCUGUUGGGUCACGAGAAAAGACCCUGCGGCGACUGACUACGGCAUUGGAGGGCAAUAUGAAGAAUUCCCUCACAACCGAGAAGCUUGUAGGGUGCUCUGUACUGGGAAUAGCGCCACUGUUUACCGGGCCAGCCAUAGCAUGCAUAGGCCGCUAUACUGUAAGGCUGCAAAUGGUACUUGAGAAAGUGGCCUUAGAGUUAGAGGACUCGGUUAGUGAUUUAGGAUCAGCAGUAAAAACAUUAAAUAAAGAGGUACAGCAGCUCAGGACGUUUUCCCUCCAAAACAGGCUGGUUUUGGACUAUCUCUUGGCAUCCCAAGGAGGGGUUUGUGCCCUCGUCGGGCCCUGAAGUUGUGUAUAUGUAAAUGGUAGCAGUUAUGAAAUCUAUGAAAAGGUGGUACAGGCUGAGGCCCAUGCCCGAACCGGAGCACAGGUUGCCUAUACUGCCCCAGAGAGCGAUUGGUUGCAAACCUUGUUUUCAGGCUGGGGUUUGUCGUCUUGGCUUGGUGGUUUAUUUAGCCUGUUAUUGAAACUUCUCUUUCCUGUAUUGCUUGUAUUAAUGGUAUUAUGCUGUGCAGUAUCAUGUGUCAGGGCCAUUUUGCAAAAGUUAAUAAGUCAUUCUCUUCAGGGCUAUCACAAAGUGCUUAUGCAAAGUCCUAUUGUAAAGAAAUAAGUAGCCCAAGUGAGAAAACUCAGAGCCAAGGCUGUUGAGUGUUCUCAAAGGAGGGAGUUGUUGGGGACACUGGGGCAUGGCCACUAGGUAACUUGAGGGGAUGGAAGACCACGAGUGUCGAUGAAGCCCUCUCGCACUAGGCCCAGGUGUCCUUCCCUUCCCCCCCCGCCCCCGCCUGGAGGCACUCGCAGCAGCUCUGCGUACUAGGCCCAAGUGUCCUUGGCCCCCCCGCCUGGAGGCACUCACAGAAGUUAUGCUGAGGAUUUGCAACAAUAUAUUGCAGAGUCAGACUGCCUGAAACUAAGCAAGGCCAAACAGGGCAGAUAUGGAAGAACAAUGCUGAAUAAAUCAGCUUUAUGUAUGGUUUAACAAAUGAUACAGAGAACAAGGGAACUAGCUGGGAACUGGAUUGGCUGGCUAUAUGGAUACUUAGGGCAGCUUGCUAUUGGAUAAGUAUGCUGGAGAAAAGGAUGUAUAAAAGCCUGUGUAACUUCCUGCUCUGUGUGCAGGAUUUGAGAUUCUAUUCUCCCUGUACCUUUUUGCAGCUGCAAAUAAACUUUUCUGUUUCUCCA